UGGGUCUCUCCCAUACUGGCCUUUGUGUUUGCAAACCUGUUUUUCAUCUUUUAAGGAGCUAUAGAAAGCAGAGGAGAAGCACUUAUCCUCACUGUUUUAUUCUCUUUGACUUUUUUGGAACUCCCAGAUGAGCUGGUGAGACCUGAAAAGACAAGAAGAGAGUGUCCCGUUUUAUUUAAAGUGCACUUGUUUGGAAGAGAAAUACUUGCAUUGAGAUAUUUCCUUAGGGGCUCUAUUCACCUUGUUUGUAAGGCGAUGUUUCAUGGUUUGAAGAAAUCUGGUUAUUAUUGUUGUUGUUUUUUUUUAAUAUCAGGCAACUUGGUGAAAGUCACUACUUCUGGCCUCCUACCCCAACCUCCCAGGCCUGCUUGGCUCGGGCCCGAGGAAAACACAGAGCUGGAAGGCUGAGAUUCCUGCUUUUUGGGGAGUCCUGGAACUGUGGGCCCAAACCCCAGAAACCCCCAGCCCGCAGGCCCCAUUGUCUAAGCCGUGUGGACUUCAGCAUGUAACGGGGCACGCCGCUGGGCACCUGCUGCGCGGGAGCUUUGAACUCUGUUCACUGCCUUGAUCUCCGAGCAGGGAGUGAGGGGGAGACAUUUCCCCCUGUCCCUGUGGAGCCUGGACCGUGUGAUGGGCAGGGCAGGGCCAGCUGUGAUGGGAUAUGAGGGAGCUAAGCUUUCUCUGGGCUCUAACAGAGGGUGUCCAGGUGGGGGCUCAUGCUUACACCCCAAACUGUUAAGAGACACACAGCCCUUGAAUGAAAAGCUGAGAAGGGAAGAGAGGGAUGUUGGAAUAUGGUGCCUAUAUGUCUGCUUUACUCACCUUCCUUUAAACAAAUACAGGCUCCACCUCUGUUUGUUCCAGCAAAUGUCUCUAUUAUCCAGAGAAUUGGAUUUUAUCAGAUGGAGGAAGGUAGUGACGCGAAGACAUUCUGGACAGUAUUGUCUGAUUUAAAGCUUCCAGCAAAUAGGCUUCUCUCCUCUAGUGGUUUGGAACAUAGCUGUAUUUGACCUCCCUGUUGCCUGCCUAAAGGCACAGGGAAGUCAUGCCAGCAGAGGUGUCCCUUGUGCCUUGAACUGAGGCCAAGGCAGACCCAGACGUUCCUUUUUCUUUGUCACUCUGUACUUGGCCAGCUGGCCCGGAGUCAUGUGUAAAUGUGCAGGGCGGAGUGGCAGAUGUUAGCCUGCCAGAGAGUAAUCACCUUUUAAUGCUUCGUCUUAGUUCGUGGGUGAAAACGAAAGUAAAAAGUCAGCCAGUCCCUCAUGCACAUUUUAGGGAGCAAAGUUCAGUGGAAGAUGGCUAAUGGGUAACCACAGGAGGGCUGCCGGCUCGACCACAGGGGAGUCUUGUCUCCCUGGGUGACUCUCCGCCAUGGGAGACAGAAAUGCUACCCGAAUCUCCGUGUCUGAAAUGAAAAGCUACUACAUUUAUUCUGAGUGGUGCUCCUGGCUGCUCUCUGUUGCUGAGGAUGAAAUCAUGCACCAGGACAUCACCCCGCUGUGCGCUGCCGACAUCCAGGACCAGCUGAAGAAGCGCUUUGCUUACCUGUCCGGUGGGCGGGGGCAGGACGGCAGCCCAGUCAUCACGUUCCCGGACUACCCGGCCUUCAGCGACGUGCCGGACAAGGAGUUCCAGAAUGUCAUGACCUAUCUCACCAGCAUCCCCAGCUUACAGGAUGCUGGCAUCGGAUUCAUCCUGGUCAUAGACCGAAGGCAGGACAAAUGGACUUCGGUGAAGGCAUCAGUCCUGCGAAUAGCAGCAUCCUUCCCAGCAAACCUCCAGCUCGUCCUUGUUCUGCGCCCAACAGGAUUUUUCCAAAGGACUCUCUCUGACCUUGCUUUCAAAUUCAACAGAGAUGACUUUAAGAUGAAGGUACCGGUCAUAAUGCUGAGCUCAGUACCAGAAUUACACGGUUACAUCGACAAGUCCCAGUUGACAGAGGACCUGGGUGGGACCCUGGAUUACUGCCACACCAGGUGGCUGUGUCACCGCACGGCCAUUGAAAGUUUCGCCCUCAUGGUUAAGCAGACGGCCCAGAUGCUGCAGUCCUUUGGGACCGAGCUGGCCGAAACGGAACUGCCCAAUGACGUACAGUCUACGAGCUCAGUGCUCUGCGCACACACGGAGAAGAAAGACAGAGCGAAGGAGGACAUGAGGUUGGCGCUGGACGAGGGGCAGAGCAUCCUGGAGAGCAUCAGGGAGCCUCUGGCCAAGAGCCCGGAGCAGAGCCUGAACCAGGACCAGCUGGACAAUCAGACCACUGUGCAGCGGCUCCUGGCCCAGCUGAAUGAAACCGAGGCUGCCUUUGAUGAGUUUUGGGCAAAGCAUCAGCAAAAACUUGAACAGUGUCUGCAGCUCCGGCAUUUUGAGCAGGAUUUCCGAGAGGUCAAGGCCUCCUUAGACGUGUUGGCUCAGAAGAUAGCAACCUUCACGGAUGUGGGCAACAGCUUGGCACAUGCAGAGCACCUCCUGAAGGACCUUACCAGCUUUGAGGACAAGUCCAGUGCAGCCGUGGAGCGGGCCCGCGCCCUGUCCCUGGAGGGGGAGCAGCUCAUCGACAACAAGCACUACGCUGUGGACUCCAUCCGCCCCAAGUGCCACGAGCUCCAGCACCUCUGCGACCAGUUUGCUGCGGAGGUCGAGCAGAGGAGGGGUCUACUCAACAAGUCACUGGAGCUGCACAGCCUCCUGGAGGCGUCCAUGAAAUGGUGUGAUGAGGGGAUUUACCUGCUGGCCUCGCAGCCUGUGGACAAGUGCCAGUCCCAGGAUGGGGCCGAGGCAGCCCUCCAAGAAAUUGAGAAGUUUUUGGAAACCGGCGCAGAAAAUAAGAUCCAGGAGCUCAAUAAAAUUUACCAGGACUAUGAACCCAUCCUCACCCAAGACUUGAUGGAACACGUGCAGAAAGUCUUCCAGAAACAAGAGAGUAUGGAGGAAAUGUUUCACCGGAGACAGGCGAGCCUGAAGAAGCUGGCGGCCAAGCAGACGAGGCCUGUGCAGCCAGUGGCCCCCCGGCCAGAGGCUCUCACAAAGUCUCCUUGCCCGUCCCCAGGUGUCCGGAGAGGUUCUGAGAACAACAGUUCUGAGAGCAACGCACUCCGGAGAGGGCCCUACCGGAGGGCCAAGAGUGAAAUGAGUGAGAGCCGGCAGGGCCGGAGCAGCUCCACGGGGGACGAGGAGGAGAGCCUGGCCAUCUUGCGGAGGCAUGUGAUGAAUGAACUCCUCGACACGGAGCGGGUCUACGUGGAGGAGCUGCUCUGCGUCCUGGAGGGCUACGCUGCUGAGAUGGAUAAUCCCUUAAUGAUGCAUCUCAUCUCAGCAGGCCUUCAAAACAAGAAGGAUGUUUUAUUUGGAAACAUGGAAGAAAUUUACCACUUCCAUAACAGAAUAUUCCUGAGAGAGCUAGAAAACUACAUAGACUGCCCAGAGCUGGUUGGAAGGUGUUUUCUAGAAAGGAUGGAAGAGUUCCAGGUCUACGAGAAGUAUUGCCAGAACAAGCCCCGCUCUGAGAGCCUGUGGCGCCAGUGCUCCGACUGUCCUUUUUUCCAGGAAUGCCAGAAGAAACUGGACCACAAACUGAGUCUGGACUCCUACCUGCUGAAGCCAGUCCAGAGGAUCACCAAGUACCAGCUGCUCCUCAAGGAAAUGUUGAAAUACAGCAAGAACUGCGAGGGGGCAGAGGACCUGCAGGAGGCGCUGAGCUCCAUCCUGGGCAUCCUUAAGGCCGUAAAUGACUCCAUGCACCUCAUCGCAAUCACAGGCUAUGACGGGAAUCUGAGUGACCUGGGGAAGCUGCUGAUGCAGGGCUCCUUCAGUGUCUGGACGGACCACAAGAAGGGCCACACCAAGGUGAAGGACCUGGCCAGGUUCAAGCCCAUGCAGCGACAUCUGUUCCUGCAUGAGAAGGCCGUGCUCUUCUGCAAGAAGAGGGAGGAGAACGGGGAAGGGUACGAGAAGGCCCCGUCCUACAGCUACAAGCAGUCCUUAAAUAUGACAGCUGUUGGCAUAACGGAGAACGUGAAAGGUGAUGCAAAGAAGUUUGAGAUCUGGUACAACGCCAGGGAGGAAGUUUACAUCAUACAGGCACCAACCCCUGAGAUUAAGGCAGCGUGGGUGAACGAGAUUCGGAAAGUGCUGACCAGCCAGCUGCAGGCUUGUCGAGAAGCCAGCCAGCACAGAGCCCUGGAGCAGUCCCAGAGCUUACCUCUGCCCGCAUCAUCCAACACAAGUCCUUCGAAAGGGAAUACAAGAAACGUCAAAAAGUUGGAAGAAAGGAAAACUGACCCUCUAAGUCUGGAAGGAUACGUGAGCUCAACGGCAUUGCCAAAACCCCCCGAAAAGGGCAAAGAUGACACAGUCACUAGCUCUACCUCAGAAAGCUCUGCGCUUUCCAAGAAGCGCUUUACUCUGCAGGGCUUUGCUAACCUCAAAGGUCAGAAAGCUUCUCCUACCAGUCCUGACAAAAAAGCUAAGCGACAUGAAGUUAAGAGCGAUCCAACGCCUUUUGGUUUACGAGGUUGGAGCAAAACAUCCCACCCAUUGGAGGCCCCUGAGGACAACGAUGGCUGGUCGAGUGCCGAGGAGCCAAUUAAUUCCUCAGAUGCGGAGGAAGAAGGCGGAGUGGGCCCCAGGAAGCUGGUCCCAGGGAGGUACACCAUCGUGGUGGACGAUGAGAAGGGAGGCCUCAACACACUUGCCGUGAGAAGCGGGGACAUGGUAGAGGUGGUUCAGGAGGGCGACGAGGGCCUUUGGUAUGUCAGGAACCUGACCUCCAGCAAGGAGGGCUGGGUGCCGGCCAGCAGCCUGUCCAUGCUCCUCAGCAAGUCCAGCUCAGCACAGUGCUUGAGCAGCUCAGAGUCCAGCACAGGGUCCGCUCUGCUGAGCAACUCCUCCAGCUGCAGCGAGAGCUGCGGCGGCCCCCUCUCUGACCUGCAGGGGUAGCACUGGCCGGGCCCCCAGUGCAGGAGACCAGCCUGCGAACCUCUAAGUUUUCCUUUGCUUGGGCUUGCCUAGUUUGGUGAGGGGACGGUGCUCUAAGACGCCCUGGGAAAGGAAGAUCCUGACAAGACCCGAACAACGAGCUGCCUGCUGCCCACCGAGACUCAUGGUGCAGGAAUGGGGGCAUUCGGAGGGAUGGUUCAGGAAGAGUCUGCCCUCCGGCCUCCAUGCCAGAUUCCCUCCCAGGGCACAGAGACCGGUUCCCAUGGAAAGACCAGUACACCAAGCUUCCUCGGAAAAUCUGGAUGGACAGAGUAUGGCUGCAGGCCAACAGGCCACCUGUGCAGAAGGGCUCUGAGGUGGGGCCGUCCCUUCUGACCUCUGCCAGGCAGCCUGGGAGGAGCUGGCCCCAACCGCUCUGCUUUGGUUUCUGACAUUUCUGGUCUGGUGCUUUCUGCAGGAAUGUGCAUACUGUGGGACUGCUUCCAAAAGAUGUGACCGAUUCACUGACCCAACAGCUUGAAGAGAGAGGGGGUGGGGGGACUAUUUUGUCUUUUACAAAUUUUUUUUAAAGCAGGGGUUAAUCCCAUGGCCGUUUUUUGGUGGUACCUUGGCCUCUAAUCUUUACCAAGAAUCACUGUGUUUACAUGAAAUGACAAUUUGAUACUGCAUUUGAUACAAAACUAUUUUUUUGUUACUGGGGUUUACAUUGCAGCACGUUGUAUAUACCGCUGAAUGAUUGGCGGGGGGGGGCCUCUCUCGUGGAAGCUGACGGCACUCUCCGAAGCCCACCUGGUGAUGAGGAUGAAAACACAUCCUUUGAUAGAAUCAAACAGCAUUUCUACAAACAAAAGCAGUUAGAAACCAAGAAAAUCCCUUCACCCGGUGUAGUUAAUUUUCAAAAGAAAAUUUAAACAAUAAUUUAAAAUACUAACCUUUUUUUCUACAAAAAUAAUGAGGACUCUUCAUUUUUUUAACACGCUUCACUGAAUUAGGAUUUUUUAUUGUUUUUAAAGAAUACAUGAAGACGCAGUUUUUGCAGGGUAUCAUCUGAACCCCUGACGUCAUGUGCAGCUCAGGGAAAACCUGAGCCCAGCCCCCCUCUGCCUCCUUCCCACCCUCCCCCGCUGCAUAGGCAGUGAAAUCACCCUGCACGCGCCGGACAGAGCCACCCUAAAUACAGAAAUUUAAAGGUGCAGAGUUUAUUUUAUUCCAAUCAAAGCAGAACUGGAAAGAAAGCUCUCCUGUUUUACCUUUCUUUGUGUUUCAGAAACAAAUUCUGUUCUUUGGCAACACUCUCUGUAUGCGGUUGGGGCAGAUAUUUUUAUAUGUGUGUAUAUAUGUUGAUGUGUGUACAUAUGUAUCCAAUGUAAGGGACGUAUUUAUAGCCUUCAUGCUGCUGGCAAUGUGUCACUUUACAGCCCUCCCUGAGCCCCCCCCAGGCCCUGCGGAGCCGAGGCCAACAGUCUCCCCCACCACCACAGGCAAGGUCCUUGCCCCACACACACAUGUCCUCGCCAGCCAGACCCCUCCGGAGUGUGGUAAUAAAACAAAAACGUGCAAGACUUGGCAGCUUUUCUUCUGUGUAUACGUUAUUUGAAAAAUAAUGUGUCUCAUAAUUUAAUAUAUUGAUUGUUCAGACGCCUUUCCUACCAUCUCAGCCUGGGACUGUCCACCAUUUUUUGUCAUCUCUUCCUCUAAAAGCACUUUAAAACCUCAUGUUUCAGUCACUGUUCUUUUUUUCCCCCUGCCGAUGUAAACGAAAUUUAAAAAUCAGAAUUCUUUACUGUAUGGACGAAGUUUGAAUAAACA